AGCUAAAAACGUCAAAUCGAUAAUAAAUUUUAUCAUGGCGGCGGACGAGAGAGCCCCGCUGCUGAAGUUCUCGGAAGAUGAUGAAUAUGAUGGACCACGGAACAGAAAAGCUAACUACCGCCUCCCGUCACAGUUCCCUGGGUUUGGUGAUCCGACAGAGGACUUCAUACUGCCCCUGUCGCUGAGUGAAUCUGACCACAUUGUUUGUGUUUUUGUUGUGACGUUCGACACUCGGUCAGGAAACAUGAUUGAAUGGUGCAUGCCGGAGGACUUUGAACUCGACGGAGUGGAGUUCAAGGCCAUGGUUAGCGGAUCACAUACCAUGACAAAGGACUUUGUAUACUUCCGUAUGGAGAACCUCUACGGCCUGGCUUGUUUUGAGAACAUGCCGGUGGAGAGCGAGAUAGAGAGAGGAGCAAGGAUGAAAUCGGUCGGCAUUCUGUCGACAUCCUACACGCUACUAUACCGACACAUGCAAUUCCUAGAAACACAAGUCAGACACCAACUGGAGACACCAGGCAACUACUCACAGCUACAGGCGUUUUACCAUGACAAGAAGGGAAAUCUAAUCAGUGACAGUGCCAUCAGUGGAAUGUCUUCAUCUAAUUCCUCCCCCUCAACGCCCAGUAGGGAACUCCCCGAAAUGAAGAUAACCCACCCAGCUGGCUGCUUUUCACAGUUUAUUAAGUUUUUUGGAGAGCGUAUAUUUGUGCUUUGGAAGUACGCUUUACUACAACGAAGGAUGCUGUUUUUUUCUCCUCCUCCUAUCGGUGUAGUGUGUUACAGGGUGUAUUGUGCGUGUUGUCUUGCUAACCGUGAUAUUCCCGGCCUCGGACACGACAUGAAACCUCAUUUCUACGUCAACAUUGCAGAUAUAGAAACGUUGGAAUCAGAAGUGGCAUACAUUGCUUGUACGACGGAGAAAAUAUUUGAGAUGAAGACUUGUCUAUACGACGUUUAUAUAGACAACCAGGUGAUUAAGUCUCACUCCCCUAUCCUCAAGGACAUGCUAAAGGUCAGCGACGCUGAUCGCGAUAAGUAUGCAAAGCUGAACAAUCAAAGGUCUGCCCACCAAUUCUCCUAUGAAGAGCUCGGAGAAGAGGCGUGCAAUGAAGAGGAACUCUUCACUAUGUUUUUCACAGAACUAAACAACCGACUGUUCCAGACCCUUUUAGAUGUUUCCAUGUCACAGGACCGUCAACUCACAUCAGAACACAUGAAAAGCAUGGGCCUCGACCCAUACGGAGACCGCUCUUUUCUCAUGGAGCUUGUUGAACAUUACGGCAUAGACGUGGUCUUAAUGGUGGAUAACCCCUGUUGCCCUAAAUGAACAAUAACCGGUGCUUUUAAAAUAUUCCUCAGUGUGGACAGUGAAAUAUGACGGAACAUUUGAAUGGGUGCAAGAUGAUUUGAUGAGAUGAAGACUUUUCCAUAGAAGGAAUCUGGGAGAAAGUUGGUCAUGUGGUAUACUGUUGCCAUGUUAGUUAUGCAUGGUUACUAUGGAGACUAAGGGUUGCUAGGAUAAAAUGAAAUAUGAGGUUGCCGGGGGAAACCAGGGUUUGUAGUUAUACUCUCAGUGUCUUUCUGUGAAGACUGAUAUUACAAAAUAAUUUUCAUUCAGUCUUUUUUUUCUUUUUCUGCUCUGUGAGAUGUAACUUACACUUUUUUCAUUAUUUCCUAACUUAAAUAUAUAUGUUUGUAUAAUAUAUUAAGGUUAUCAUAUUGUCAAAUUGAAAAUACUUACUGAUGUGUUACAUUCAUACCCUGUACAAAGAUAUGUGUACAAUUGCAUGAUACAAUAUACAGUAAACCCUCGUUAUACUGCCACAAUUUGCCCUGUGAGAUUUUGGCGUUAUAAAGGGGUUUGGCGAUAAUUUGAGGGAAAUGUAUAAAAGAGUUCUUAGGAAAACAAGAAAAAUGAACCUUGAAAGGUGAUGGCGUACGCGAGGUGGCAGAUGAGACAAGGGGCAUUAUAUCGAGGUUUUAUUGUAUAACAUUAUUUUUUCAUUAUUGUUAUUCAUCAGAUGUAGGUCAUGUCUGUAUAAAGGACAUAGAUCAUAACACCAUGACGACACACACAUCUUUAAUGCUAAAACAUGUGUUACUCAUUGAUAACUGUAUCUUGUAGUGUUCAUCACGUACUUCCACGUUCUGAGGCCAAAUUUAUCAAACCAGUCGUGCUGUUUUUACUUCUUGUGCUGCCAAGUAACACUUUCUCGAAAGAAACCGUGUUCCAUUAUCUGUUAUAUUUUAUUACGGGUUUCAACAUCCUUUUGACACAAUAUGCAUCAGUGAAGUUAUAAAAUAUGCUUUGUAAAGGUGGAAGUGAUAGCGUUUUGUCGUGUGUGUUAAUUUUCUUGUUCACAGUCGCUCUUAACAAAUAUCAGACCUGGCCCAUCUUUCAUUUUCUAGAAAUUCUUUAAUGAGUAAGUUUUCAAACUUUUGAAACUGUACAAUUUUUACCCAUGACUUGUUUACAUAUUAUAACAUUACCUUGGGUCAUAAUAUUUGGCCUGUUGGGUGCUGAUUUUAAGGGCCUUCAUCUUGUUCAGAUAAAUGACCUUGACCCACUUUCAAUGUCACAGCAUCUGCGAUGCUCACCUAUGCUCGCUACACCCCUGAAAUAUGUCACGACAAAAUUGAAGGCUCAGUGUGCGCCACCUUGUGGAUGAGACAGGAAGACUAGUUCCUUCGGUGUACAUCGAAAUAAUCUCGCGGUCGCGCAACAGUAAAAUUGACUGGCUUUGAAGGCGGGUGUUGCUUCUCUGUAAUAUUCAUAGGACAGGUAUCAGUCUAGUGAUUGGUCAGGUUCUUUUUACCAGGGACCUAAAUCCAAUAGCUAUCCGUCUGCCUUCAAUUUUUCUAUGAAAUAUUCCAAGGGUGCAGAGAGCCGAAGUGAGCGUAACCCCUGGAGUAUCUGGGCGAGGUCACAGUAGUCAAAUGUAUGAAAAUCUUUCUUUCCUUGGAUAACAAGAGGCCUAAAGUCAGGAUUUGUAGUUUGAAAUAUUCCAAUAUUGUGAAAUGAACUUUCAUUAACCCUUUCACCCCUAUGUAACUUUAGUAAACUCUUCCAUGCUUUGAUCUGGAUGAGUCCAUUAUGGUCUACAGUGGUGAAAGGGUUAAGAGAGCAUCUGUGUCAACAAGAAACCAAUUUUUGAACUUCCCAUGGGUGGGCUCUUAACUCAUUCACUCCUGAAAUUUCAUAAUGAACUAUUCCAACCUUUGAAUCAGAAGAGUUCAAAUGUGUCUUCAGGGGUAACUGAGUUAAUACAGGUUUGGCUGGUUUUAUACCAGUAAAUGCUGACAUUUUCCCAAAUAGCAGCUUUGUAGAAAAGGUUGUAGUUCUUCCAUAAUUAUUAGACAAUAAUGUCACUAUCAUAAGAUACAAUUGUGUAGUGACUAUUAUUAAUGCUGAUCUCAUAUUUGGUGUGUGAUACUAACAGGAUAUGGGAAAUAUUAUGUGUGGAUCAAUGGUACUACUGUGUACAGGGAAGAAUUUGCCGAUUUAAUAUUUCACUUUUCAGUGCAUGGUACACGUAAAAUCAAAUUUUCUCAUUGUUAAGUACACCCUUGACACAUUAUUACUACGCAUGAAAUAAUACUUACUUAUGGUUGCUGUCAUGUUAAAGGACUUAGGGUGUUAUGGUUUUUUUGGCCUCAUUAAAAAUAAAAUAUUUAACUUGAAUUUAUUUACCAAUUUCUUUUAUGUGGCUAUCUUUCCUGGUGCAUAUUUUUUCAUCACCAUAGCAACAAAAUUGUGUUGCUAUGCAGAAAAAGCUUAAAUAUGGUGUUUUUGGACAUUUAGCAUGCAGAA